GUGUCACGUUUUAACUCACUCGAGUGACUCGGCGUGAACUAGCGACGAUGCUGCCCGUGCUAGCUACGACCAGCUCCCGUCAACGUUCACCCGGGCGAAGAUGUCGCUCUGGCUAGCUGAGCCACCGACAGAGAAGUGGUUACUCUCAGAGGAGCUGACCGUCGAAUUAUCUUUUCCGCACAGACCCGGCGCGAUGGAUGCGGGCUCUAAGUUAAUGGAGGACAUUGUCUUUCGAGGGGUGGAGUUUUCCGUGAGGAUAGAGGUGGACAACGGUUUGCUCAUGGUCGAAAUCUCAGACUUGACCACGGCAGACCAGUGGAGGGGGGAGUUUAAUCCAGCGUACAUCGAGGACCUCACUCGGAAAACUGGCAACUUCAAGCAGUUUCCCAUUUUCUGUAGCAUGCUGGAAUCUGCUGCGAGAAAGAUGAGCGAUUCAGUUACACUCGACCUGUUGACCUAUGCUGACCUGGAGCUGCUACGCAACAAAAAAGCAGGAGUGGUUAGUCGUCCGCGCGGCCAUCAGCAGUCAUCCGCUCUCACUGCCAAAAGAUAUCUGAUCCUCAUAUACACUGUGGAGUUUGACAGGAUACACUACCCUUUACCUCUGCCCUAUUUGGGUAAGCCUGACCCAGCCGCCCUGCAGAGGGAGAUCAGAGCCCUCCGGGCCGAGCUCAGCGCUCUCACUUCUCAUGGGGUUAACAAAUGUGCAGAGCUAGAAAUGCAGCGGCUCCGAGCAGAGCUGGCUCUGGUGAAAGAAGAGAAGCAGACUAUGGCCAAGGUUCUUGAGCAACUGCAAAUGACUGCAAGCGGUUCCUCGGCCGGGAGGGAGGACUGGAGGGUCCGAGGUGUGGUGAGGACGCUGGAGGAACAGCUUGUGAAGGAGAGGGCCAAAGGUCAACGUUCAGCAGGCAAAAGGUGCCAGGAGCAGCGGCUGCUAAUGGAGCAGUUGGAGGAGCUGAGAGAAUCGGAGUGUGCUCUCCGUGUUCGCGUCAAAAGUCUCACCAGUGAACUGGCGUUGCUACGGAGAGGGUUAGACAAUCUAAGCGUCCGAGUGACUCCUGUGUCCGGUCACAUCAGCUCUCGAGUCGAUGGGGAGAUUUAUCGCUCUCUCUCCCGCGAGAGGGGAUCUGGGUACGGGACGGUCAGGGCUCGCUCAGGGUCCCGAGAACGGCUACACGACAGAGUGAGGAGGUCGGAUGACAGAGGAAGAAGAGCCGAUUCCUCAGGGCCCCGUGCUCGCGUGUCCAGGCAAUCACCCUCUCCCAGCGGGUCACAGGUACAACGCUUUGACCCAACCGCGUACAUCCAGGACAGACAGCGCAGACAGAAAGAGGCAGAAGUCAAAAAACAGAGGAAGGUUCGGAGGGAUAUUCUGACGUCGCCCAUUAUACAUGAGAGGGGGCGUUCACGUUCCAGAGAGGCCUUUCCUCCAGCAGCCCGGUCGGGCAGCAGGGGCAGGAGUUUAUCUGUGGAGCGGAGAGGGAGCAGGAACUCUUCUGCGAGCUCCUUAGUGGACAUGGAUGAAAUGGCCCAAACCCUGUUCAGAGGAAGAAAACAGACUUACAAUUACAAUGGACCCAGUGCGCUUAUGAACAGCAGUAGAGCUCGCUGGCGCAGAGGAAUACACUACUGUAUAUCACGUGCCGGCUACACAGGUAACGAGAGGAGGCCUGUUAACCAGGAAGCCAUUGUGUAGUACUCCAACACACAGAAUGAAGGAAAAAGAGAGCUCCAUGGAGACGGGCGCUGAGCUGUCUGAGAUCGACGCCAGGCUGCAGGCGCUUCAGGAAUACAUGAGGGACCUGGAUACAGGACAAUAACACACAUCGAGCUUCAAACAACCUGUGUUUGUGUGUUCAUGUAAGACACUAAAUCUCCCCCUGACUUGAGGAAACUACAGCCAUCACUGUGAAGGACAACAUUUUGUGGACUGAAAUCAUUGCUUUAAAAAAAAUAUACCAAGUUUUUAUGAAUUAACUUAAAAUAUGACUGUCUGGGUGUGGUUUUUUAAAUUUUAUUUCACCAAACCAAGUGCAUACAUGGAUGUCAAAAUUUGACAUAUUUAUAUUUAACGUGAUCUCAUCCUCCACAUCCUGUUUUUUAUUUUUGCAGGAUUUAGGGGCAGUAAGUGAUUUUUGGAGAGAGAUUGUUUCUCUCUUUGUUGUUGAUGUUUUCACUGCACUGACCGGGGUUCAAACCCACAGCCUCGGGUACGGGAGACCAACAAGCAAACCAUGAGGCAAAAAAACCCAGAGUCAUAAUGUCUCAGGGAGUGAUGUUUACAAACGGCGCGCAGUGUUGUUUGGUGCGUUCUGCACCAUUUAAUUUAUUUUUCGAUUUACAGAGCCAGGGCUAAAACGAAACCCAGAAAAAAAAUUGCGCGCGCACAUGGCUGGCGGACCGUGAGGAAAUAUCCACUGUUCACUAUUAAAAUCACUUACUGCCCCUUAAGCGAAUCAAUCAUUUUUCAUAUCAUUGCGCAUCUACGUUCAUGUCUAGUGAUUUUUUUUCUGAGGUGCAACUAACAAAUCGGUGUUCUAAAAUGUCAUUUUUUUAAGUGUUAACAACUGUAGAGUUUUCUCCAUGUGUGAUUGAUCUCUACCUUUCAAAACACUUAGACUGAAAUGUCUAUGGGUGAGAAUGGGACUGUGUGAUCAAAGAUCUACAUGUCAACCACACACCGUUGAGCUUGUGAACUGUUAUUUCUUCUGCCCCAGUGCAUGCUGGGACACUCCUGCGUCACUAAGUGACCAAAUAGAUGAAAAGUGUGACCGUAUGUUGGAUUUUACUGCAUUGACUGAUGGCUAAAUAUCAUUUGUGCCAAACUGCAUUUCUUCAAGCUGCUCAGUUAAUAUGAUUAACUAUUAUAAUCGAUGCUGCAUUUGCAUUUUCUUCUGUGUGGAACUAAAUGGACCAAAUCUUCCUUUUGAGGUUUUAUCCCAAACUAAAACAUAAAAAGCUCUUUAAUCUUGAAUGUCAAGUUGGUAAUAUCCUUCAAAGGUAACUUAUUUCAUAGUGAUCCUGCAUUCAAGUGUAUUAAGUUUUUCCUAAAUUAUGUUGUAACUAAUGUACGUGUAUAUCCAAAAAGACUUACUCCAAUUAUUCCCCAGUCAAAUGCUUUUUAAACCUCUUAAAAGUUUUUUGUUGUUGUUGUUUUUAAAAGAAGAAAAAAAAGAUCCUUUUGAGGCCUGUACAGUGUCGUACACACUGCUGCCCUUUGCACUCAGCAGAAGUGGAGCCGGCGCGAAGCCUCGAAGGGUUUCACCACUGCAGCUGCUUUCAUUAAUUAACAAAUACAUAUCUGAGCAUGGAGCCAACAACUCUGUGUCCGAA